AUGGGAGUGAGGGCCGACGCUAGGGCCGAUGCCAUGGCGCACGAAGCAUCCAAGCCCCAUGCGAAGCUGCACAUGGAGAAACCCGUCCCCGCUGGUGAGGGGUCCAGCCGGCAGCAUGGCGGCCUUGACAUCGUCGACCACGUCCAGGCUCCGGUGCAGGUGGCACCUACGCCGGAGCAGGUGGCUCCUCCACCGGAGCAAGUGACUCCUCUGCCACGCCAUCUGCCUCCUCUGCCGUAG